GUUACAUUUUUGAAAUUGUAUUGAGGGUUUCUCAACUUUUCUUAUUUUUACCGUGUGGCACAUAAGACAUUUUGUGAGUUAUUUAACAAACAUAAUGUUACACAUAUUGGAGGAAUUCACAACUGCUGACAAAUAAAGGCGCAUGCAGCAACUCCCAGCCCACGUGAAUUUGAACAAUCAGGGGUAAAUUGUGGUAAUAUAUUAUAUCUUGUAAAAUGGCACUUCUGUAUGAUUUGGGACAGCCAAUGAUGUCAAAAUCCCCUAGCAUCAUUACAGCAGCGUGCUUCAAUAUCAAGGUUGAACCGGUCAGAGGUAAAAUCAAAGUGUAACCCUAGCUUUAGAAAAGACAUUCAGUUUGACAAAAUGAAGUGGUAGACUUAUCUGCCCUAGCCUUUCCUCAUGCCAUAAUUCUAAUUUACACAUCAGACACACGUAAUUUAAGUACUCUUUCUUAGCAUUAUUUACACAAGUCAGGCUGGAAGUGCUCAAGGGUAUAGUGCAGGAUUUUUUUUUUCUGCUCUGCACUCCCUGACGACUGACAGUUUAUCAGCAUCAUUGCUAUGGAGAGCUGGCAGGUAUAAAAGGACAGACAGAAAGGAGGGGACAGCCAUAAAGUACGAAGGGAAUAGCUGAAAACCAAGAUGAAGAAAACAGUGGUGCUUGUCCUCUGUGUCUGUUUGACCUUCAUUUCACCGGGCAGCGCUCAGAGAGAAAAUGUAACAGUUUGUAACUCUUGUACAAAUUCAACAAAUGCAACGAUGACCACCAACAGCACCGUACCAACUUAUUCCUCCCAACCCACAGCGACCACACACCUGCCCGGCAACAACUCUACGCACGUAACCUCCAACAAACACACCAGCGAUACUGUAACUACAAGGCCACCUCCAACCUCCUCCACCUCAGCUGUCUCCUCGCACGCCACAGCAACCACUGCUUCAACACAGCAAUCCACAGUGUCCUCUGGAGCAACUCGAAGCUCUGGGGCCACAGUGUCCACCACUCGGCGUUCUCCGGCUGGGACUGUUGGGAGUACCGCUGCCGCCACUUCAGCUACGACGUUGAAAGGGGGCUCCGCCGCUUUGUUCAGGUGCUACAGUCAACUGCUGGUGCCCGUCAUCUCCAUUCUGAUGUACAGCGCAUCGGGCUGAAAAGUGUAAAACCGAGGGACUCUGUGGUGACCUUCUGAGAACUGUUCUCCUUUAAAUCAAAUCCAUAAAUCUUCUUAUAUAUAAAGAGAAAAAAAUCACAGAUUAACCUUUCCUCAAUAAAAAUGUUUGAUUUUUUGACUCUUGGAGCCUCUUACUCAAUGGCUCUUACUAUGACUGUCACACAUUUAGCAUACUAAUGCUAUGAGGUGCUGUGUUUGCAAUGAGCACUUUUCCACUUUUUUCUACGACUGCUCCACACAAUCUCUAUAAAUGAUGUAUAACCCCAUCCUUCAAAUGUUAAAACUAUAUUUCACUAAAUGCCGAACACAAACAGCGGAUAUGAAAUUCAUCUGCAUUUUUUUUGCCGAAUAAAAUGGUUAUUAAAUUAGCAUUGGACUCUAUUCUUCAAAGUAAAAACAAAAAAAACAAAAAAGAAAGAAAUCUGAUG